AGAAAAAUAGUUUGUGUCAGAUAAUAAAAUAAGCACAUAAAAUAGAAAAAAAUAUAAUUUCUUCAAAAUUUAUAAUUGCUAUCUGAAAAUAGCCAAUUAAUAACGCUUGCAAAAAAUGAAUCGAAUGAACAGCCAUAACAGAAAAGAAAAUGCAUGGGAACGUUUAAGCAGAGCUCGGAAUUCGCCUAGCUCGGAAAACCUGUCAAGAUCUAGAACGAAUUUGAGAUCAAAACCGUCUCAACGUUUUCAACUAAUGAAGCAGAUGGCGGCAAAUCAUCAGCAGCAACAACAACAAUUGAUGUAUCAGCACCAGAAACAACCACAGGAAUUUUUGGUCCAAAGAGAAAGUCCCCGGCGUCCAUUGACCCCCAAUUCUAAUCGUGUUGGCGGAGUCAAUCCCCGUGGAAGUAAAUGUCGUCUUCCAAAACCCACAGUAAUGCCCGAAAUGGAUAAUCGUGGAUAUUUUUAUAAUAACAAGCCUACCAAAAUGAUUAAAGAUCUCAUGAAUGCUCGAAGUUUAAUAAAUUCUAAAUCAUCCGUGAUGGUGCAUGACAAUCGAAUGUGUGUCGGACAAAGUGCCAUACCGAUUUCAAGACGAAGCUCGACAAAUUUGCCAACACCGCCAAGUUAUGCAGCUCGCAUGGAGUCGGCUUCAGUGUAUAAAGAAGAUUAUGAAUCUGAAGAUGGUGGAGAGGAGGAGGAAGAAGAAUAUAAAUUGGCUCCCUUAAUGUCAUCACGAUCUCAUUUAAACCUCCAAAAGAGCAGCCGACACAUCCUCAGACAUUUUCAUGAGGCCAUACAAGAGAGAGGUAGAGGCGACAUGAAACCCGAAGAAUUGGAAUUGGUAAAAAAUGUUAUCAAAUCUGAUGAACGUGCUCGAUGUGUAGAUAAAAAUAAUCCCAAACUUUUUAAGGAUAUUCUAAGGGACCAGCUAAAGGAUAUAUUAAAACAUGAACAUGUCGUUAAGGAGGCAUUAAGCAAAUUGGAAUCCAAGGAAAAUCUUCACGAAGAUUCUGAGUUGAAAAACAGGGAACAACCGCUGGCAAGUAACACUUGUCCCGAGGAACCUAAAAAACUAGAGGUGGAUGUGGUGUUUAAAAAUGUACCCUCACUAGAACGAGAGAUUUUAAUUUUAAGAGCCUUGGGCGAAAAAUUGCAAUCAACCUUACAUAGGACAAAUUCUCAACGAAAUAUUUUAAAAUAUCAGGAGAUCAAGGACACUAGGCAUGAUAUGAUUUUAACAAGCCGUUUUAAAGCUCCAAUUAUAUUGCAAAUAAAAACCCAAGCUUAUGUAAGAGGUCCUGAGAAUGAAGCCACAAUAUUGAUAAAACCCCAAGGCAUUAUGAACAUCAUUGGCAUAGCUUUGGAAUUUUGUAUUGCCCAUAAGUCAAUUGUCGAACUAAAAACAGAAUCCAGCCAACCUUUCCUUGUGGAAUUGGAUGCUAAAACUCCAGAAAUGAAAGAGACUUCGUUUAUGGAACUUAAAGAAAACCCAAAUAUGUUAAUAAAAUACAUCAAAUCUAAGAACCCUGAAAUUACCUUCAAUAUACUUGAUCAUGAUCCCAUUUUUUUCAACAAUAUUUUAAGCAGCAAUAAACCGAGAAAUAGUAGUUUGAAAGAUAAUGAUCAAAAGAAGUCUAAAUCUGCCAUAAAGGAUGAAGUUAAUAACAUCUCCGAAAAUUCUAGUCAAAAUUUCGUAGCCAUUACUCCGGGGAAAUUAAGCAAAGAAACAGAGCAAAGAAAAGCAGACACAAAGCUUAACCCGGUUCAACUGAAUGCUAAACAAAGUCGUCGCCGCAUUCGAAAAUUCGUUACACCUCUCCCAGUAGAUAAACCAGACCCGAGUCCAAAAAAUCAUUUGUUUAAAACCAUUUUAGUUGGAGUCGUACAAAUUUCCUGUUUUAUACUACUCAUUAUGGCCUUUACCUUUCCAGAUGCCAAGUGUUAAAUUUUCCCAAUUUUUAUUUUUAAAUUUGAUUAGUUAAAGGACAUUGCGGAAGUUAAACUCGUGUGUAUAAAUUGAUUAUUCAUUAGUUCAACUUCGGUAGUAUCCAUAUUAAAUACCAUAUUCUAAAACAAUCCAUAAUUUUACAAUAUUUUUUAAUAAAAACUUUAAAAUACACUGAAAUCACUAUUCAAAAAUCUGUACAAAAGAUGAAACAAAUAUAUUAAUAUUCCGUAAUAUAUGGACUUAUUUCUGUAUGACGAUACGAAAGUGAAUGACGAUACGAACCAUUACAAAUAUGAUUUUAAAUAUAUUAUACAACUACAAAUAAAGAAUAAGGUUUUUUCACAUUAAUUUCCGUAUCGUCCUAGAUAAAACAGGUCCCAUAUAUCUUUUUGGUUCUAAUAGAUUUAAAAUAUUAA